AUUCGUUUGGAUGCAUGGAUGCAUACUGAAGACAGCCUCAACGACUGUGCGAGAAAGGACGUGGUGGUUUGAAAUUAUGGAGAACACCUUCAUAUAGAAAUGUCAUUCUUGGUGCAAUAGAUGAGUUGCAACCAAACAUUUUUGGAAAGCUGUUAGCUUACUAAGACGGAAAAGAAUACUUUCUCGGAGCUCGUCUUGCAGCGGCUACAUCGCUGACUACAGUGAAAGAAAUUAGCCUCAUCGCGAUUCCCGAGAAAAGCAGAAGCCUAAUGUCUUAUACAAAUAAAGUACCGAAUAAGUUUGAUGAAAUUCGUUGGAAUUUUUAGAUUUUCGUCGUCGUUUAAUUGUGGAUGGAAAGAAUUUGAUUUCGGUUGUGUUUAUUUAAAACCAGACGGGAGUCUGAAUUUAGACUUGAGGAGCAUGUGUGGCGCGCAGUGUGCCUGAAACUGCUUUUACUGUGAGAACAACCUGGAAAGUCAACCCCGGGAGCUCAUCUCUUCCUCCUUUCUACACUGUUUUGGGUGCACUUUGUCUAGAGCAAUGGUCAUGCGAUGACUGAGUUCCCUUUGGACGCAUCCAUACAGUUGACAACAGGGGGUGAAUGAUGGAAGAAGAUGGAGGAAAUCUCUCCGUGGACCAUGGGGAAAGGGAGACGGAGGUUGCGUCCUCUCUACCCCGGACCUUUAUUCGACUCAAUGACCUGUCCGGUGGUUGGGACCGCAGCAAUGAGGUGGUGGAGACCGAUGUGAAAGACAGUGGCACCGGCGUGGAAGAAGCAUCAGCCAGCGGUGGAGAAGCUCUGCCCUAUCCAUUACUGGCGCCUGUCGUGUUUUUCUACCUGAACCAAACCACCCGCCCAAGGAGUUGGUGCCUAAAAAUGGUCUGUAAUCCGUGGUUCGAGAGGAUGAGUAUGCUGGUCAUUCUGCUGAACUGCGUCACCCUGGGGAUGUUCCAUCCUUGUGAAGAUAUCUUGUGUGACUCGGAACGAUGCAAAAUCCUGGAGGAUUUUGAUGACUUCAUCUUUGCAUUUUUUGCUGUGGAAAUGGUGAUAAAGAUGGUGGCCUUGGGAAUCUUUGGAAAAAAAUGUUAUCUUGGUGACACAUGGAACAGACUAGACUUCUUCAUCAUUUUAGCCGGGAUGCUAGAGUACUCCCUUAACUUGCAGAAUGUCAGCUUCUCCGCUGUCCGUACAGUUCGGGUCCUGCGGCCACUUCGAGCCAUCAACCGAGUGCCCAGCAUGCGUAUCCUAGUGACCCUGCUACUGGACACGCUCCCUAUGUUGGGCAAUGUGCUCUUGCUCUGCUUCUUUGUCUUUUUCAUCUUUGGCAUCGUCGGAGUACAGCUCUGGGCUGGACUGCUACGCAACCGCUGCUUCGUGCCUGAGAACUUCAGUUUACCACAGGGCGUGGAUAAAUUCUAUCGAACAGAAAACGAUGAUGAGAGUCCAUUUAUCUGCUCCCAGCCACGGGAGAAUGGCAUGCGUCUUUGCAACCUCAUCCCCAAUCUGUACAAGGAGGAGCUGCAGUGCACCCUGGACAUGGCAGCAUUCAACGGCACUGACAACACCACCUGUGUCAACUGGAAUCAGUACUACACCAACUGCUCUGCCGGCGAGCACAACCCCUUUAAGGAUGCCAUCAACUUUGACAACAUUGGCUAUGCAUGGAUCGCUAUCUUUCAGGUUAUUACUCUGGAGGGAUGGGUUGACAUUAUGUACUUUGUGAUGGAUUCCCACUCUUUCUACAAUUUCAUCUACUUCAUUCUCCUCAUCAUUGUGGGCUCAUUCUUCAUGAUUAAUCUCUGCUUAGUUGUCAUUGCCACCCAGUUCUCUGAGACCAAGCAACGUGAGAGUCAGCUGAUGAAGGAGCAGCGGGUGCGCUUCCUGUCCAAUGCCAGCACAUUGGCCAGCUUCUCGGAGCCGGGCAGCUGCUACGAUGAGUUGCUCAAGUACUUGGUGCACGUAGUUCGCAAGACCGGCCGGCAGCUGUGCCAUUUGAUUCGGGUCGCAGCUCGCCACGCCGGCCUGAGCGUCUGCGCCUCACCAGUCUUGGAGCAGACUUCACAAAAGCGCCGCCGGCAAAAACAACAGCAGAAACGGGCGUCGAUUCACCACCUGAUGCACCACCACCACCACCACUACCACCUGGGGAACGGCAGCGUCCUGCGCGGCAGCGCCACAGACAGAGAUCCUGAAACAGGGGCAGGCAGUCGGCGCUCACGCAUCGGCUCCCUCAUGCUGCCUGAUACCUCUGUGUCUGCCAGCAUUGCUGCUGGUGGGGGGCCAGAUCUGUCACUUCACUGCACACCUUCAACCUCCAUGGCCCUCCAGGCUUAUAAGAGGAAUUCAGUGCCAUUUGCUGGGCCAGCACACAAAAACUAUCCCACGCUGCAGAGCUCAUUUCUCUUGGAGCAGCGAAGGCAGAGGUCUUUUUGUGAUUCAGCUGGAGAGGGGGGAAGCUGCAUGGACAGCAUCUUUACCAACCUCAACAUCCCACCACCUCCCAAAAGUACAUCUCAGGGCCUGGUGGACACACACAUAGCCCCAGCUAUGCUCAGCAGGUCAUCCACUAUCAGCUGCAGCAGUGCUCUAGACACUACCCUGGCCUUUGACCCCAAGAGCUGUCCUUAUUGCAUGAAGGCUAAUGAUUCAGAAGGGACAGAGGGGAAUGAGACAGCUGACUCAGACAGUGAGGGAGUGUACGAGUUCACUCAGGAUGCCCACUACCGGGACCGCCGGGAUCCCACCAAGAAAAACAAGAUGACUCUUGGUGCUCGGACAGCAAAGGUCAUUCACUUCUGGAGACUUGUAUGUGAUACAUUCCGCAAGAUUGUUGACAGCAAGUACUUUGGCCGAGGUAUCAUGAUUGCCAUCCUGAUCAACACACUCAGUAUGGGUAUUGAAUAUCAUGAACAGCCGGAUGAAUUAACCAAUGCCCUGGAAAUAAGUAACAUCGUCUUUACAAGCCUAUUUGCCUUGGAGAUGCUGUUAAAAGUCCUAGUGUAUGGCCCCUUUGGAUACAUCAAGAAUCCAUACAACAUCUUUGAUGGUAUCAUUGUAGUCAUUAGUGUGUGGGAGAUUGUGGGCCAGCAAGGGGGUGGUCUGUCAGUGCUGAGGACCUUCAGGCUCAUGCGUGUGUUGAAGUUGGUGAGGUUCAUGCCAGCUCUGCAAAGGCAGUUGGUGGUCCUGAUGAAGACCAUGGACAAUGUGGCCACCUUCUGCAUGCUUCUGAUGCUCUUCAUCUUCAUCUUCAGUAUAUUGGGAAUGCACUUGUUCGGUUGUAAAUUUUCUUCGGAGAGGGCUGGUGAUACUCUACCUGAUCGCAAGAACUUUGACUCUCUACUCUGGGCUAUUGUGACUGUAUUCCAGAUUCUAACUCAGGAAGAUUGGAAUAAAGUUCUUUACAAUGGCAUGGCCUCCACCACCUCUUGGGCAGCACUCUACUUCAUCGCGCUCAUGACCUUUGGGAACUAUGUUCUCUUCAACCUGUUGGUGGCCAUCUUAGUGGAGGGCUUCCAGACUGAGGAAGUGACCAAGAAAGAGGAUUUGCAGGGCCAGUUGAGCUGUAUUCAGCUGCCGGUAGACUCAGGGGGAGAUGAAUCAAAGUCUAAUUCAGAGAUGGACCUUUACUCUCAAAGUAUGGAAGACGUGACCAAUGGCAAGGGGGAUGUGGUUGCCUCUACUGUGGUGCCUAUCAAUGGACAUGUGGACCUCAAGACGAGCCUUACCCCUCCACUCAUCACCCACACUGCUGCCACACCCAUGCCCAUUCCCAAAAUUGCAGGAGGAGGUGAUCCUGCCUUAACCUUUGAGUCCCGUAGGAGCAGCAAUAUCCCCAUAGACCCCAGCUUCUACAACAAAUCUCCUUCAAGUGUCCGCAGCUCACCUCCUCAUGUGCCCUGGAGCUCCACCAGCAGCUGGAACAGCCGUCGGUCCAGCUGGAACAGCCUGGGCCGAGCCCCUAGCCUCAAGCGCCAGAAGCGGCAGAGCGGUGAGCGCCGCUCACUCUUGUCAGCUGACGGCCAGUCCAGUUCUGAGGAGGAAGAGGUCAGUGGAGCUGACGCCGGGGGAGGGGGAGACAGGUUGUCCGAGUGCGACAACGCCUCCCUGGGCCGGACAGACUCUUUUGGCCAGCGGCCGCAACACCGCCGCAUGGAGUCUGUGGAGACUCGUAGCUCGCUGGACUUGCCACCGGACACACUGCAGGUCCCCUACCUCUACCGCUCGGCCAGCAUCCACAGCGCUCGGCCCCCUCAUCCCCAGCUCACGGCUGCUCAGGACUGCAAUGGGAAGAGCUCCCCCUCAGCUGCUACCAACCAGCUCUCCUUAGAUGAGCACCACAGUGAGGAUGACAACGCUGAGGAGGAGGGCAACAUGAGUCGGCGGUUGCGUCUACUUCGCUGGCUCUCACAAAAACAGCCUGAAUGGUGUCGCCAACGAAGCAGCUGGUCCCUCUACCUGUUUCCACCCGAAUGCAGGUUUCGUGUCAUUUGCAAUAAGAUCAUCGGCCACAAAAUGUUUGACCAUGUGGUUCUUCUUAUCAUCUUCAUCAAUUGUAUCACUAUUGCCAUGGAAAGGCCCAGGAUUGAUCCAAGCAGUGCUGAGCGCAUUUUCCUCAAGAUGUCCAACUACAUAUUCACUGCCAUCUUCGUGACCGAGAUGACAGUAAAGGUCGUUGCAUUGGGCUGGUGCUUUGGAGAGAAAACCUACCUGAAGAGCACGUGGAACAUUCUGGAUGGAUUGCUGGUGAUGAUCUCCGUUAUUGACAUACUUGUGACCCUGAUCUCCAACAGUGGGACCAAGAUCUUAGGGAUGUUGCGGGUCUUGAGGUUGCUAAGGACUCUCCGUCCUCUCAGAGUGAUCAGCCGAGCUCCGGGCCUCAAAUUGGUGGUGGAGACGCUAAUGUCAUCUCUUAAGCCCAUUGGGAAUAUUGUAGUUAUCUGCUGUGCCUUCUUCAUCAUCUUUGGAAUCCUGGGUGUUCAGCUAUUCAAGGGAAAAUUCUUUGUGUGUCAUGGUGAGGACACAAGGAACAUUACCAACAAAUCGGACUGCCUCAAUGCCGACUACAAGUGGGUCCGACACAAGUACAACUUUGACAACCUUGGACAGGCCUUGAUGUCUCUCUUCGUCCUGGCUUCCAAGGAUGGCUGGGUGGAUAUUAUGUAUGAUGGACUGGAUGCUGUAGGGGUGGAUCAACAGCCCGUAAUGAACUACAACCCCUGGAUGCUGCUCUACUUCAUCUCGUUCCUGCUGAUUGUGUCCUUCUUUGUGCUGAACAUGUUUGUGGGGGUGGUAGUGGAGAACUUCCAUAAGUGCCGGCGGCACCAGGAAGCUGAGGAGGCGAAGAUCCGCGAGGAGAAGCGUCUGAAGCGGAUGGAGAAAAAGAGACGGAAUGUAAUGCUGACGGGUUUCAGUCGGUCGGGCUUGGACGUCAAAGCGAAAGAAGCACAGAGCAAGCCAUACUACUCUGACUACUCCUCCACUCGCCUGCUCAUCCACAAAAUGUGCACGAGCCACUAUUUGGACCUCUUCAUCACCAUCGUCAUCGGCCUCAAUGUCAUCACAAUGUCCAUGGAACACUACCAGCAACCUAAGGUUCUGGAUGAAGCAUUGAAGAUCUGCAACUACAUUUUUACCAUUAUCUUUGUGCUGGAGUCUGUUUUCAAACUUGUGGCAUUUGGGUUCCGCCGUUUCUUCAAAGACAGGUGGAACCAGCUGGAUCUCGCCAUUGUGCUGCUGUCCAUCAUGGGCAUUACCCUUGAGGAGAUAGAGGUGAACGCCUCUCUUCCAAUUAACCCCACCAUCAUACGUAUCAUGAGAGUGCUGAGAAUAGCACGUGUGUUGAAACUGCUGAAAAUGGCUGUGGGUAUGAGAGCUCUGCUGGACACAGUCAUUCAAGCCUUGCCACAGGUUGGGAACUUGGGUCUUCUCUUCAUGCUGCUCUUCUUUAUCUACGCAGCCCUGGGAGUGGAGCUGUUUGGUGACCAGAUCUGUGAUGGGAUUCACCCCUGCGAGGGACUGGGCCGCUACGCAACCUUCAAGAAUUUUGGCAUGGCGUUCCUCCUGCUGUUCCGUGUCUCUACUGGGGACAACUGGAAUGGGAUCAUGAAGGAUACUCUGAGGGACUGUGCAGGGGACAAUGGUCCAUGCUAUAACGCAGUAGUAUCCCCCAUCUACUUUGUGUCCUUUGUCCUGACUGCACAAUUUGUAUUGGUAAAUGUGGUCAUCGCUGUGCUUAUGAAGCAUUUGGAAGAAAGCAACAAGGAGGCCAAGGACGAGGCUGAGAUGGAAGCGGAGUUAGAGCUGGAGGCCAUGGGUGGACACAUUGGGGGAGGACAAGGAGGAGGCGCAGGGCUGAUUGGGGGGCACCUCUCCCCUUUCGUGCAGGGAGACAACAGUGGACCAGCUAGUCCCCUGACACCUCCACCCUGGAUGUUUAAGAGGGAUCCCCAAGAGAACUCCAGCCUGGCCAAUGACAGCCCCCCACCAACAAUGGUGGACAUCCGCCGAGACUCAACAGCACACAACAGGGUUGACUCCCCUCAUUGCCUGGAGCCACCCAUGGAGCGGAGGCUGAUGUUUGACUCAGUUUCCCUGGUGAUCCAGGGUUCUCUUGAAGGCGAGCUCAAUCUCAUGGACAACCUGUCUGGCUCCAUCUGCCACUACUACGCCCUGCCCCCGCUGCUUAGGCAGCACAGCGCUGACAAACAGAUUCCUCUAGCAGAGAUGGAGGCUCUGUCUCUGGUGUCGGAGAAGUCCUGGUCCUUAGCUCUGACGGAUGACUCUGUGCCCGACGAUUUUAACCCCCUCUUACUAACCAGUCUGGAGUACAAUCAGAUAGAGACACUGGGGGUUACAGAGGCCGAGAGCCAGCAAGAGGAGCAUCUGCUGACUGUGCGCAAGACAUCUGUGGGUCGUACGCACUCUCUGCCAAAUGAUAGCUACAUGUUCCUGCCUCUUUUACCAGCCGCCUCUGCUGCUCCCUCUGGACCAUUACCGCACACAACCUCACUUCAGCCACACUCAGGAUCCAGUGGAUCCAUUCAGAUCCUGCAGAGUGAAACAGCUCAGCUCCUGGCUGUGCCCACCCAGCUCUUCCGCCCCAUAAGCCCAAACAGUCUGUCUGAGCUGGAGGGCAUCCCACGCAUCCCCCCACCCCAGCGCACACACAACCUCACACGCCCACUCCGGAGACAGAUCAGCAUGGUGCAGCAAAAGCCAGAUCCUAAAAUGCUCCUCAAACACAGAUACUCCUGUUUCUAACAUACCAUGACCCAACCAUUCACCCUGACCAGACCCUCUCCGCCCCAUCACUGCAGCCCAUUGCCAUCUCUAUCUUUUAUCAUUUGUCUGUGUCUCUAAACAGCCUCGAAACAUUUGUAUUGCAUCUCACAACAAGCUACUUGAAAGGACCACUUAAAUGAGAACCAAAAAACAUACAUGUGAUUUGGCUUUUAUCAUAAAUGCAACCUAAAUUUUCCCACCUUGACAUCAGCACCUCUGACAUUCUCCCUGAGUGACAAAUAGAGUGUCAGUUUUGUCUUUGGUCUGCAAAUACUUUCGUUCACAAGAUAGCAUUUUUUGCUUAAGAAAAUGAAUUUUGUAAAGCAAAAAAUACACUGUAUGCUCCUAUUUCUUACACUUUUACAUCCCGAAUUCGGCAUAUUGCAAGUUGAUUUUCUUUAAGUCAGUUGACUCACUCUAAAAUAUUGAGGCCUUACUUAAGUAGUUGCAUGCCCACUGAAAACUGACAUUACCCUCUAGAUAUAGUGGAACCUGUUAGUUAGUAAAGCUGCUCCAGGGCAGUAGCCCUUUCUUCCAUCUCAACAUACCCUACAUUUUUUUUUACUUGCAACCCCUCCACCUUUUCUGGGGAGAUUGUGCAUUUCCAAACCUGAAUCUUCAGAAAAGUAGCUUCAUAAUAAAAAUCAGCUUCUGUUGGAGGUGGUGGCACAUUUAGUUUUUUGGAAGGUACUUAUCCAGGUAAAUUAGUAUGAAUCAACAAAGCCUCAAACCGACAUAGACAACCUCAAAUUUGUGAAUGAAUGUAUAUAGAACAGUGUAAUUUUUUAUUAUAGUGCUGUUUGGCUCCAUAUUUGAUUAAACCUCUCAGCUAAAUGGCUCCCAUCUGCUCUUGAACAUGACCAACAUUGUCCACUAGGUGCCCCUAGACAUUAAAUUACAGAUGCUCAGAAAAUAGACCACAUAUUUCAGGGCAUGUAUUAGGCUACUGUCCUUACUGUAUUGACCUUUACACACACACACACGCAGGCCAUCAGUUAGCACAAAGAGGUCCUCUCUCCUUCACUGGGCAACACAUCAGGGUCAAGGAUCAGGCUGCAUCCCUCGCUCCCUUAGGAGUUUAAGUAGGGUGGAAGCCUUCGCCCGGGAACAUUUCUGGGUUCAGUGUGUCAUGAGCAACAAGGGAUAAACAGAUGGAGCAGUGUCCUUUCCAGUAUCCCAGUAGCUCUAGAGUGAAGUCUGCCAAGUAGUGCCUCCAGCCGCUGACAAGAGUGAAUGUUCUUUUGACAAAUGUGUAAAUAUGUACACAACCUAUUGCCCCCAAUUGUUGGAUUCCCUGACAUCCCAACACAUGAGUUUACUAUUGGAUUUCAAAAUAGCUGUAGUGCAUAUAAGGUAACUCAGGUAUAAAGUAGUUACAAAAUACUAAUAUUGAAAUGUGCAUUUAUUCUUUUUAGAUCUAUUUAUUCUUUAGGGAUGGUUGGAUGGAAGAGGUAGAGGUUUGCCACAAUUACCAUAUCUGCUGGGGUACUGAUUAUUCCGAAUCCUCAUAUCAGUUACAAUUGAUAGAACAGCAACUCUCUCCAGAACUUGACAAAUGUGUGUUGAUUGUCUCAAAUAGAUUUAUUUAGUGUAUGUAAACUAACUUUUUCGCUGACAAUCUAGGUAGCUUUGAAAUCUAGCAGUUGAGGAAGUGCAAUCAGCAUGUCACAUGGAAAUCUAGCUCACGUUCAGUGCCAUCAGUGCAAAUUUUUGGUGUGUUAUUAAUUACAUCCUGUUCUUUUUAAGUGUCAUGACAUUGACACCAUUCCAGCGCUAAUAGGUUUUUGUAAGUAAUUACAGCACAAGCAAUUUGUCAAAUUUGGUUAGUAAUAAACAAACUGGUCAAGUAGCCAUUGCAUUUGAGCUGUCCCUUGCCAUAAGUGUAUAUUAUCUUGUUGCUGGCUAUAAUUCCCAGAGAUGUUUUGUAAAUGUUUUCAUUUGAGCUAGAUGGAAGCGUCGUAGAUUAUUGAGACAGUAUAGUUUGUAAUACGAUGCCUGUUACUCCAAUUCCUUCACAGAAUAUGUAUAAGUGUUCAGUGGCACACUGCCAGGCCCUUCCAACCAUUUUUGGAAGGGAUGUUGUAGGGUAUUCAUUAUUGGUAAUGUGCGUUGGUACUUUGUUGCUUACUGUAUGUCAUAUGAAGCUCUAAUGUUGCUGAAUUGACAAUUAUGUAUUCGUAUUGACAAAUCUGCAGCUAUGCACAUAGGGAACACCAGUGAAAAAAUAAGCAGACAUAAGACCAGUUAAACUGAAACACCGGUUGCCAUACUGGGGAAAAAAGUCAACAGCGUAAAAAAAGUAAACGGCGUAACUUUCUUUCCAUGUGGCUCUGACAUAGCUGUCUGCUGUUUGUAUGCUAAUAUCUCCUUUGGAAUAAUGCUAUGUUCGCUAUAGGCUGAGUUCAUGGUGAAUCUGUGUUGUUGAGUGAAUAGUUGCUGUGUAUCUUGUGACACAAUUGUAAACAUAAUGCAAGCAUUUUUAAUUCAGUGCGACCAUGAGGCAGCCUGCCCCCAUCCUUAUCCAACAGGGGUACCGUGGUACAGUGGCAAACCAUCCUUACUUAAAGCUUGAAGCACUUCCCUCCGCAAAGCUGGCAUAGCGUACAAAAAAUUACAGUCUUCUGCUAUUGUGGCGCAAUCAGUCUUGCAUCUUUAGUUAAGUUGGUAUUAUACCACAUAACAGACUUGGUGAAACAUUUCUCACUGAAAAGUAUAAGCAAGCUAUUCUAACCUUGGACAGCUCACUCUUCUUACCGGCUGUGCUGUGCCAUUGCUCUUAACAUUUCAUACUAACUAGCCUCCCUCUCGCCUCAUGUCUUAACCCCGUUGGUUUCCCCCCUCUCCUUCUCCUCCACUCUACCCC